AUGAUCUUUCUCCUCAGGGCAUGUGCUAGUUUGUUGGUCCAAGUUUGCAUCAUCGCCGUGGGAUAUCACAUACAUGCAGUCCGGGAGGUCUACGAGGAUGCCUUUGAAUGGCUGAAGCUUCAGGUCCUUAGGACCGCACAUAGAUACGCAUGGUGGAGCGUCCUGGGGCUGCUGAGUUCGUCCUGCUGUCUGAUACAGGUGCUGUUGAAUGCGAUGUCGCUGGGGUGUGCUGGAUUCAACACUGCCCUUGGACCUCUCCGGCCCCACCUGCUCGCUUCCACGGUCAUCGCCCAGUCCUUCGCCUGGUACAUCAACUUUCCGAUCCCUCAUCAGAGAUUCACGACCAUGGUUGCCUCCCUGAUCUCGAUCGUCGUCACUAUGAGCCCAGAAAUCUUGUACCUAGGAGCCAAGAUGACUCGCUCUCAGCAGAAGGAUGGAGAGGUAAAGGAGCGCGGGGAGCGCGACGGGACAGGUGCCACGGUCGUCGUGCAUUUCAAGCCGAAGGCUAUGGGAUGUAUCAGUUGCGCCAACACCGUCCGUGGAGUGUUUGAUAGCAUAGAAGGCAUCGUGACGGACGAUGUCUCAGUUGAGAAAGCCACGGCUACCCUGUAUGUCAAAGACAAGUUCGAGGGCGUCAAACUUGUGACAGAAGCGGCUCAGAAAGUCACAGCAGCCGGAUUUCCCACAGAGAUCAUUUCAUUCGAAAACGACAACGCUCCUGCCGAGGACAAGCAUGUCAACGGCGAGAGUGCGAAGGAGCAGGACAAGGCUUCUACACCGAAAGCAACUGCCUCCUUGCUCGACUGGCUGCAGUGCCUCUCUGCCGGACUGCUGGGCAGCAGCUGCUGCCUCCUCCAGCUCGGCGCGAACCUCCUGGCAACGUUGAACAUCGCUCACAUCGGAUGCACGGGGAUGAACAAGAUCCUCGGCCCUUACAGGACACAGAUCAGGUUCCUGACCAUCACCUGGCUAUCCUUGCAGUGGGUCCUGGCGCUGAGACGGGGCUGGAACCGCUCGCGCCUGAUGCUCUUCACGUUGGUGUUUGUCGUCCUCACGUUCCUCCCGGAGCUCCUAGUCCUCUCCGGUGGGCCCCCACUCGCCCCGCCAGGGGAGAACCUGGAGAUCAUCGCGCUCAAGGUUGAGGGCAUGGGAUGCGAAGCUUGUCAAACCCACGUCAAGGGUGUGAUCGACAGCUUUCCAGGCGUUGUUGCCAGCUGGGUAGACUUCCGCAGUCAGUAUGCAGAGCUCCAUGUGGCCAAGGACUGGGGAGGAGACAGAGGAUUCAAUGUCACCCAAGUGCUUGUCAGGCUUGACUUUGACGGGUACCAGCGUGUUGGUGUAUGCAAGUGA